AUGGACGAAUUGUUUGCCCCACCCAAGAAAUCCGGCCACGUGCGGAAAAGCAAGUCCCCGUGUGACGGAGUCGAUCCACCUCCUGUAGAAGUCAUCUCAGACGGCACGGAUGUUACCUCAGCCGACCCAGCCCUGACCGAUAUGAGCCUUGACCUCGUGAGCGUGGCUGACGACGAAAUCCUACUGAGCUGCAGCUCUGAUGAAGAGUGCAAAAUUCAAGGCUUGGAGAAACGAACCAAAGCGACGGAAGGCACGGACGAGGCCGUUGAACGUAGCUUGAACACUGCUCAUUGCAACCUCACCGGCGUCCUUGACCGCGACAGUGACCUACCCAUAGAGCCCCGUAGCUCGUCCGAAGACCUGGUAUAUACAGACAAUGCGAUCGAAGCAAGCUUCGAUGAAUCCAUGUCAGACGUUUCCAUGCUGACUGAAAACUACGACGAAGAGAUGUCGAUUGUUCCGUUUACUGCUGCAAGCUCAGCCCCGCAUUUUGACUCAGGGGGACGAGUACAUCUCGUCCAGCCCAAGAUCUGGCUGGGCCUUUGUCAAUCCUUGCAACUGGAGUGCACUACACACACGGUCCAGCUUGACACGAAUCGCCAGCUGACUGUAGUAUGUCGAGCUUCCGUCGAGAGCUAUGAAACCAGUCUGGCCUUGGACCAGACGCGAUCACGUUUUGACUCACCUACGAUGACUCGUUUGACUCUGCCUGCAUCGAGCUUUGCACAUGAAUCGGCAGUCUACAAUCCAGCCUUGCCUUUGGGAUUGUCCCCCGUCGUUUGCAUGGAGCCGGCGAUUGACGAAACCUUUCCUCGCCUAAUGAAUGUCCAAACCUCGUCGAACCGUCGAAACGAACCCAUGGGCGUCGAAGCUAGCUCGAAUAAAGUUCCCAGUCAGUCCUCCGGCAUGGUGCGUUUGCAUCAACUGAUCGUGGAACGUCAGCAGCACUUGAUGAACGACGAGACCAUGGGGAUCGACUUGCCCGACAAAAUUGACGAUGCCUCCCAUGCAUAUCGUCGCGUCUCCAACGAAUUUCAGCAUCUCUCGUCUGACGUCCAAGCUCUCAGUUGUCUCUUGCUCGAACAACUCCCUGUAACAUCAGCCGUUCCCGACGACACUCGACCCCGCCUCGAAGCGCUUCGCCAGGAAAUCCAACUCUUACACGAUUGCGGCUCAUCCCUCGUCCACGACAUGUCCCUUCUGCAAGACCACGUGCUACUUCUCGAAGCACGCAUCGAUCGACUCAGUCUAGACUUCUCGUCCCGUCUAGCCCAAGCUGAGACCCCUGCACCCGAAUCCUCGUCACGACCGGCCUCGACCGGCCUCGACUAG